AUGCCACGAACAAAGACGCGUGAACCACGUGUGAGACGUUCCUGUGAGCGCUGCCGUCAGAAAAAGAUCAAAUGUCCUGCCGAAAAGCCGGGUUGUUCGCAUUGUCGUAUCGCGAAUGAGAUUUGCACGUAUCUUCCUCGUAACCAUGUCAACAACAGCAACCCCAGAACAUUUUUCAGACCACUCAAGGCGCAGCUUAACAAUGUCUCUCCGAGUACAUCAGUCGAAUCUUGUAGUCGCGAACCCGAGUCUUUGACGAAGGUAAGUGAGGGUCAAGAUGUCAACAGUUGGCAUAGUCGGGCCGGUUCAUCAAACAGCGUCCAUCAGCAGUUGCCGCCGAUAACAGCCAUGCUGUCUGAUUCUCCAUCAUGGUCGCCGGCAAAUCCAGAACCUCCAGUAGAUCUACUCAGUGAUUUCGUAGGUGCUUACCGCGAAAAGGUCUACUUUCAACCACUUCCACUCUUCGAUCCACGACGUCUCCAUCUGAAGAUUGGCACAUUACCGCAUUAUCUCCGAUGGAGUUUCCUAGCCCUCACCCUCAAUUUCACGAGUCACAACUUCUAUUAUGGCCUUGAAGCCAAGGCUAUUGAGUAUUAUACUACAUCGGCGCGGAGUAUAGUUGUCGACAUGGCAGCUGAGGGACUUGCACAGCUUGAGGUGAUGCAAACUUUGUGUCUGCUCGCUCUGUGUGAUCACAUAGCCGGAAAGACAUCUCGAGCGUGGAUGAUGGUUGGAAUGGCGGCAAAACUCGAAGCUCUUCGACUAUUCCACUCACAACCUAAUACCAACUCUCGACACUCCGACGAUGCAAUCUCAAGGUGUCAUUGGAGUAUCUCCAUCCUGGAGAGUACAUUCAUUCCUAACUGCAACACCUUGCCCGACAUAACAGGCGCCCCAGCGUAUCCGAAAAGUGUAUCGCGCCCGACACCGCUACAUUCUUCACACGGUAUGAAGAGCUACUGCGCCGACUUGACUGAUGCGUACGAAGGAAACAUUCAGGAUGUUGGGGUCAACGCGACAUGCCUGGGGUACAUCUCAGUCUGGGGGUGUAUCAUCUCUUAUCUGCGAGACAUCCGCAACGGAGCCAACGAGUAUCCAUGGUUAGCAACAUCGAGGCACAGUCAACUCACCGUCAAGUUGUACGAGCUUGAGAACAUCACGUCGCACAGACAUCUUAUCCGCAACGCGCCCUUUCCCGAUCAACCCUCUGAAGAUCUGAGCGAACAUCGAGAAUACUGGGCACCAUGGGUGUCAUUCCAAAUAAUGAUGCACGCCACCCAAGCCGUUCUUAAUAAUCCCUUCGUUCAACUCGUCGCUCUUCGAAGAGCAGGUCGCAAUUUCCAACCACGAUCUUUUCUACAAAACACAGUCGAUCAAGCGCUAUUCCACGCAGAAUGGGUUUCCCGACUAGUCCAGAUGUGCGCUGAUCGCCAGUUCGAAGUCAAUGACCCUUUGAUCGGGCAAGCUGUUGCUGGCUGCGUGUCGAUAUUAUGGAUCUUCCAAUUUGCAAGAGAUCGGAAAGUGUCAGAGAAGGCGAAGGAGAACUUGAUAACUUGCGAGACAUUCUUGGGGCACUUGGCAAGGAAGUGGCCUCAUAUCGCCGAAAAGCUCGAAAUUCUACGAACCCUCAACGUCAAAGUGGCAAAGCAGCAACAAACACCGCAGGAGGACGAAUCGACCAGCGCAACUAUAAAGUUUGAACCCGAAAUGAUGUGGGAACUGCUUGAUCCUGCCAUGUCGGGCGUUGAUUGGGCUAGUUUGUGUAGCGCGGCAAAGGACAAAGGCUCACACGCGACAACGAGUGCUACGAUACGGGUUGCCACCAAGUUUGUGCAUCCUAUCAACAAUGAAGUCGAGAGAGCGCCGUUGCCGGAUCCUGAGCAUAAUCUGUUUGACCUUGAAGAUAUAUAUGGCGAGCCGUUUUUGGAUCAGUUCUUUUCGGAUUCGUUAUUGGUUAACAUAUCAUAG